AUGGCGCCGUCCCUCCCAACUGGCUCGCUGGGCACGCCCUCCGCACCAAUACCGGCCGAUACCUCGUUGUGGGAUCGCAUUUCGACAUGGGUGUCCGAGCACAAGGCUGUGGUCUACACCAUUGCCGGCGUGGCCGUGGUCGUCACCACAGCCGGUGCUGUUUACUAUGUCCGCAAUGGGCCUAACCAGGAGACAACGCCGAAACUUAGCAAAAAGGAAAGACGGAAACGGAAGCAGGCUGAAAGGGAAGCUGAGGGUGGCCAGGCUUCCGCGCCUACAGGAGAAACCGCGGGGGCUGCCACGACGACCAAGAGUGCCACCGUCGAGUCCGCCGAUGAACUACCCGAGAUUGACGAAGCGACUGUUCAAACAUUUUCAGAUGCCCAACGCAAGGAAUACGCUCAAAAGCUGAAGGAGGCGGGGAACAAGGCCUACGGGGCGAAGAACUAUGAGAAGGCGAUUGGCCUGUACUCCAAAGCGAUUCUUUGCAAGCCGGAUCCAGUCUACUACUCCAACAGGGCUGCCUGUUACAACGCGCUCAGCGAGUGGGAGAAGGUCGUCGAGGACACUACCGCCGCCAUUAGCCUCGAUCCUGAAUACAUCAAGGCCCUGAAUCGCCGCGCCAACGCCUACGAUCACCUUGGCAAAUACAGCGAGGCCCUGCUCGAUUUUACCGCCAGCUGCAUCAUUGACGGGUUCCGGAACGAGCAAAGCGCCCAGGCUGUUGAGCGCUUGCUCAAGAAGUUCGCAGAGUCGAAGGCGAAGGAGAUUCUUGAGACCAAGCCCGCCAAGUUGCCGAGCUCGACCUUUGUUGGCAACUACCUCCAGAGUUUCCGCAGCAAGCCGCGGCCAGCUGGGCUAGAGGACUCGGUAGAGCUACUGGAGGAGAGUGGCCCGGGUCAACUUCAGAGGGGAAUGAAAGCAUUGGAGAGCAAGACUGGACCAGGCUACGAGGAGGCUUCCGACGCCUUCGACAAAGCCCUGGAGCUGGGCGAUCUCGGGGAGUACGAGGCAUACGCGUACAACCUCCGCGGUACCUUCCGGUGCCUGAAGGGCAAGCACGAAGACGCUUUGGCAGAUUUAUCCAAGAGCAUUGAACUUGAUCCCGAGUUGACACAGAGCUACAUCAAGAGGGCGAGCAUGAACCUCGAGCUUGGUGCGCCUGAAAUGGCCGAGGAGGAUUUCAAAGUUGCCCUGUCCAAGAACGGCGAAGACCCCGAUAUCUUCUACCACCGCGCCCAGCUACACUUCAUCAAGGGCGAGUUUGCCGAGGCCCAGAAAGAUUACCAAAAGUCCAUCGAUCUUGACCGCGACUUCAUAUUUUCCCACAUCCAGCUCGGUGUGACCCAGUAUAAGAUGGGAUCGAUCGCGUCGUCCAUGGCCACCUUCCGUCGGUGUAUGAAGAACUUCGAAAAGACCCCAGAUGUUUACAACUACUACGGCGAGCUGCUCCUGGACCAGGGCAAGUAUCAAGAAGCGAUCGAGAAGUUCGAUACUGCGAUCGAGCUGGAGCGUGAGACGAAGCCAACAUGCAUGAACGUGCUGCCUCUUAUCAACAAGUCACUCGCCUUGUUCCAGUGGAAACAGGACUUUUCUGAGGCUGAAAAGCUUUGUGACAAGGCGCUCAUCAUCGACCCUGAAUGCGACAUUGCCGUCGCCACCAUGGCCCAGCUCCUCCUCCAGCAGGGCAAGGUGACGGACGCACUGAAGUAUUUUGAGCGUGCCGCUGAGCUUGCUCGCACUGAAGGCGAGCUGGUCAACGCUCUGUCUUAUGCAGAGGCAACCCGCACUCAGAUCCAGGUCCAGGAGAAGUACCCGAAGCUCGCCAACAAGUUGCAGGGCAUGGGUCAAGGUAUGAUGAGAUAA